AAUGAAUCCUAUUUCCCCAUAUGAGGUCAGUCAUUGUAAUUGCCAACCUCUUCUCCCUUUCACAAACAAACAAUCUUCUCCUCUCUUCUCUCUUCUCUCCUCCAUUCACAUUUUCCCCAAAUUUUUAAAAACACCAUGUUAGAUCCAGGCACUGACUUCUCACCAGAAAAAAACCAUGUACAUUUUCCCAACCGAACCAGCGACAGUUAUGACAGUUAUGGUGCCAUAAAUUACAAAGCUCGAGCCCAGAAGACAGCACAGAAUUAUGCUAAUUACCAGAACUGGAACUCCACGGCUGAUUUUGGAGCUGAAAGAAGACUCAUCGAAGAUGAUGAUUCGGGUGUUUGUUCCCCGCCUUUAUGGAGAACAAGUCCACCCAGAAGUCCCCAACAUCGCCAAAAUCAUUACCGAAGUUUGUCUCCAUCAGCAAGAACUCAAGCUAUUGUUAGAGGGCAAAAAGAGCUUAUGGAAAUGGUGAGUAGAAUGCCUGAAGGGUGUUAUGAGCUAUCUUUAAAAGAUAUAGUAGAAAAACCCAUGGUUGAUCAGGUUGAUGAUCAGAGUGUUAAAGAAGAAAGUUUUAGUAAAGAAAGGAGCUGUAUAGUAAACAAUGGAGAUAUGCAAGUAAAGAAAAAGAAUGAAAAGAAAGUGAACAUGAACAGAAGUGGCAGUAUAGAUAAUGGAGGGUUUCUUUUAAAGAUGGUGUUUCCAAUUUCUUGGAAUUCAAGAAACAAGAAAAAAAAUGGUAGUAAGAAAAUAAGAAAGGAUGACAAUUCUGUGAUGAAUAAUAGUGGAAGGGUAUCUCCAAGGCCUUUGUUAUUUGAUGGAUCUGCUGCUGCCGCUGCAAAAGAUGGAGAAAAUGAGUGGUGGAAGAAUAGAUUUGUGGAGAAAGAGGAGAGCUAUGAGAGUGGUGGAUUUAGUAGUAAUAGUGGAAGCUCUAAAAGCAGUGGCUGUAGCAGCAGUAGAAGUAGCAGCAGGAACAGCAGUGGCAGGCAAGUAAGAGGUGGUUGCUGGUCUUUCAUUUUCAGGAAGGGAGGGAAGAAAGCAGAAUAAAGGAUCAGUGUCCUGUGAAUUUGAGAAAUUAUAAUGAAAGGUUUUGGAUGUUGCUCUUCCAAUAAGUUGGUGAAAAGGAAAAAAAGAAAAAAGGACAAGAUGCAACAACCAAGAUUUGCACUGUAGAAUAUGUAUAUUCUUACUGAUGCUUGAAGAGUCUUUUAUGAUUGUUCAGUUUAUAUUAUUUCAUGUUUUGUUCUUUCACUUGAUCUAUACAUAUACAUAUAUUAUUUAUACCCAUCUGUGCUUAGAGAGGGAGAAUUUAGGUGAUGAGUUGUUUUUUUUUUAUUUUUUUUUAUGCUGUGCUGCAAAUUAAUGCUUCAAAUUUUACAAAUUGUUGUAAUGAAUUAUAUGAAGGAAAUAUAAGUGUUAUUCAUCAA